AUGUCAGCGAAAAAUUGUUUCGGACGUUCUAGUUCCGAAAUUAUAUAUGAAGGCUUCAAUAAAUGGUCAAAUGCUGACAUGUGCAGUAAUUCAUAUAAUGACAGGAAGGGGGAAGUAGGCAAUAUAUUAGGGGAAUGUAAAAAUUCCUCACAUUUAAAAAAGAAGAUUAUGAAUACAUGGUGUAAGGGAAUCAAAGUACUCAAGGGUGAUAAACCACUGGGGUAUAGUUGCACACAUUUCUACUAUUGGUUAGGGGAUAUAAUAUCACAAAUGGAAGACAAGGACCAAGACUUUAACGUUACUAUGGACAGCAUAUAUAUAUUCAUAAAGGAGGUUAAUAAUAGUAAUAAUAGUUGUGAAAAUAUAUGCCCUGGUAUAACCCAAGACGAUUUCAAAAACUUGAAGGAAGUAUUCGACUAUUGGCUGAACCAUACUAUAAGAACAAAAGGAAAAUUAGGUGAUGGCAAACAGUGCUCCCCUGAGUGUAGACAGUAUGUGCAGAGUGUUAAGGAAGCCUAUGAUAAUUUAAAUAGGUCAUGUACGAAUGCAGGUUAUAGUGGUGAAUUAUGUACUAAACUGAAUGAACUGUUCAGUAGUGUAAGAGGGAGUAAAAGAGUCCCGGACCCUUCGCAGUUGAAAUGUGAUAAAAUACCACCACGACCGGCAAAACCUGCCGUUCAACUUGUUAGUUCUGCGCAGCCUGCAGGGACAGUACAAGUAUCCAAGCAUUCAGACCUGAGGUCCGGAGCACAAAAUGCCAAAGAUUCAGCAGGAAAAGAAACAGGCAUGCCCAAAGCUGAGCAGGAAGAUGUAAAGAACCCUGCUGAAAGUGUUAAAUAUCUAGAUCAAAAAGAAUCCAAGGAUCAUCAAGACGGUGAAGGUGAUGCCGCCGCGGGCCCUAGCGUUAGGAGUAGUGCUGCCGUCACUUCUUCCGAGGGACAAGCGCAACAUGAUGGGGGGCCCCAUAACAAUGGCGGGGCCGCUGUUACGGGGGGAGCUACAAGUGGUCCUAGUGAUGGCGGUCCCCGUGGAGACGGUAGUCCACGUGGGAAGGAUGCUACUGCUAAGGAGGGUCCUGAGGAAAUAAUGCAAAACGCAGUAGAGGAAAUAACAGAAACCGUGGACAAACCAGCAGAGACACAGACACAAAAAGCAAGGGACACCUCACUAGGGGAAAGCGGUCAAUAUGGAGGUUCCAUAAGUACAGCAGGAAGUACAACAGUGGAAGGAACAAAUAUAGGUGCAUCGCCACCACCCCUUACUACUAUCAUCCCAUCUGCUGUUGGAGGAGGCGCAGCAGUAGCAUUACCAGUAAUCGGUUUCCUUCUUUACAAGUAUACACCACUAUUCCGUGGGACAGGGAGCAGCCCUUCCUCUGGUGGGAAGAGGAGCACAAGAAAAAGAAGAUCAACGAGACAUGACUUCGAUAUAGAACCUGAAGAUUCUAUGGAAUAUUCUACAGCAAAUUCAAUAUACGAAUCCACAGAAGAUUCAAACGAAUACUCAGAGGAAGAUUCAGAAGAAGAUUUGACAAUAGGUUCUACAACAGACAAUUCUACCAUCUACGAUACACAACACAGAAGAACACGAAGAACAAAUAAUAACCCAGAUCAUCCUCGGAAUAUAGGUUACGUCCGUAUGUAG